CACACACACACACACACGAGUGCACAACCAGCACCAAGAAAACAAGAAGGAUGAAGAUGAUGAGCACCAGGGCCCUCGCGCUCGGCGCGGCCGCCGUCCUCGCCUUCGCGGCGGCGACGGCGCACGCCCAGAGGUGCGGCGAGCAGGGCAGCAACAUGGAGUGCCCCAACAACCUCUGCUGCAGCCAGUACGGGUACUGCGGCAUGGGCGGCGACUACUGCGGCAAGGGCUGCCAGAACGGCGCCUGCUACACCAGCAAGCGCUGCGGCACUCAGGCCGGCGGCAAGACAUGCCCUAACAACCACUGCUGCAGCCAGUGGGGUUACUGCGGCUUCGGCGCCGAGUACUGCGGCGCCGGCUGCCAGGGCGGCCCCUGCCGCGCCGACAUCAAGUGCGGCAGCCAGGCCGGCGGCAAGCUUUGCCCCAACAACCUCUGCUGCAGCCAGUGGGGUUACUGCGGCCUCGGCUCCGAGUUCUGCGGUGAGGGCUGCCAGGGCGGUGCUUGCAGCACCGACAAGCCGUGCGGCAAGGCCGCCGGCGGCAAAGUUUGCACCAACAACUACUGCUGCAGCAAGUGGGGAUCCUGUGGCAUCGGCCCGGGCUACUGCGGCGCAGGUUGCCAGAGCGGCGGCUGCGACGGUGUCUUCGCCGAGGCCAUCGCCGCCAACUCCACUCUUGUCGCAGAAUGAUGAUCUUGCUAAUGGCAGUAUUAUUGCAACGACGAAUAAUCCGUGGCAGUUUCGUUGCCACGUACGGUCUCCCUUCACUUACUUUUAGCACUAGUCCUUAAUAAUUCUCCAGCCUUGCAAUAUGACGUGCAGGUUGCUACAUGCAUGGACAUAUUGCAGUGAGAAGUACUGUGUGGCAAUAUAGGGUGUACUAUUGUUGCCACAAAUUUAGUUCUUUCUUGUUACGUACGUACAGUUGUCAGGAUGCAUGCAUCCCCGUUGUAAUGUUGGAGUACUCCAUGAUUUCGUUGCAAUA